UUACCCAGCGACUUUGCGUCCUCCCAGGGAGCGUCCGUGUUGGAACUGAGCAAGCAUGGGGAAGGUAAAUGUGGCUAAGCUAAGGUACAUGAGCCGCGAUGACUUCAGAGUUCUGACUGCGGUUGAAAUGGGCAUGAAAAACCAUGAGAUCGUUCCCUGCAGUUUGAUUGCUUCUAUAGCCAGCCUGAAACACGGUGGCUGUAAUAAAAUUUUAAGAGAAUUGGUGAAACAUAAACUUAUAGCAUGGGAACGUACUAAAACUGUCCAGGGCUAUCGGCUGACAAAUGCUGGCUAUGAUUACCUAGCUCUGAAAACACUGUCUUCUAGACAGGUAGUUGAGUCUGUUGGAAACCAGAUGGGUGUUGGCAAAGAGUCAGAUAUUUACAUUGUUGCAAAUGAAGAAGGGCAGCAAUUUGCACUGAAGCUUCACAGACUGGGAAGAACCUCCUUUCGAAAUCUGAAAAACAAACGUGAUUACCAUAAGCACAGGCAUAAUGUUUCUUGGCUUUAUUUAUCUCGUCUCUCUGCCAUGAAGGAGUUUGCCUAUAUGAAGGCGUUAUAUGAGAGGAAAUUUCCAGUUCCAAAGCCAAUUGAUUACAAUCGCCAUGCAGUGAUUAUGGAGCUUAUUAAUGGUUAUCCCCUGUGUCAGAUACAUCAUGUUGAAGACCCUGCAUCAGUGUAUGAUGAAGCUAUGGAACUGAUAGUCAAACUGGGAAAUCAUGGUCUGAUUCAUGGAGAUUUCAAUGAAUUCAAUCUCAUGUUGGAUAAAGAUGACCACAUCACCAUGAUUGAUUUUCCACAGAUGGUUUCCACUUCCCACCCGAAUGCUGAAUGGUAUUUUGACAGAGAUGUUAAAUGCAUUCGAGAGUUCUUCAUGAAACGUUUUAGCUAUGAAAGUGAGCUCUACCCAACCUUCAGUGAUAUCAGGAGGGAAGAUUCUCUUGAUGUGGAGGUCUCUGCCAGUGGUUACACAAAGGAAAUGCAAGCAGAUGAUGAACUGCUACAUCCAGUAGGUCCAGAUGAUAAAAUUACCGAAACAGAAGAAGAAUCUGACUUCUCGUUUUCUGAUGAAGAAAUGUUAGAAAAAGCCGAAGUUUGGAAGUCAGAAUUGGAAAAUGAACCAAACCCAGUAAAUGAAUCAGGCAGCUCCUGUUACUGCUCAUCUACAGACAGCAAACAAAUAAAGGGAGACAGUUUACCAGAGGAGAGUGCUGAUGUGUCCAGUUUUGAAGUGACUAAAUUAAGUCAAGCUGUAGAAGAAAUGGAAAGGCAGGUUCCUACCCACAGGUCUGUUACUGAGUUUUCUGAGGAGAGCAAUAGAACUGAAAAUGAUACCAGGGAAGAUAGCCAGCCAGGUCAGAGAAGCCCUGCUGGCUCUGAGGAGUGUGACGAUGAACUCCCCCAUCUGAUUGCCCUGUCAUCAUUGAACAAGGAGUUCAGGCCUUUCAGAGAUGAAGACAGUAUGAGUAGUGUUACUCAGCGUAGAACAAGAACGUUGAGUGUUACAUCUGCAGGCAGUGCCCUGAGCUGUUCAACAAUCCCUCCAGAACUGGUGAAGCAGAAGGUUAAGCGUCAGCUGACGAGGCAGCAGAAGGCGGCUGCCAGACGCCGGCUGCAGAAAGGAGAAGCCAAUGUCUUUACCAAGCAGCGAAGGGAAAACAUGCAGAAUAUUAAAUCAAGUUUGGAAGCAGCCAGCUUUUGGGGAGACUAAUAAAUUUCUGUUAUGUUAAUUUUUUUUAGAUACUAUAAUUCUAUUUUUAGCCAGUAUAUUGGUCUUUUUUUGAGCCAAGCCGGUAUUUAUGGAAAUAAACCCUCUUUAGACUCAUGGUUUCCAAAGACUAAUUAAUAGUAAUUCUGCUAAGCACUCUGGUUUUUUUAUGUUUUUCCAAUAACUGAUUUAGAUCUAAAAUAAGUUUUGUGAAAAAAAAAUCUUCAUUAACAGUAAUUGCAAAACAUUGACAUACUUUUUACUUUAUUGUGAUGUUUAGGCUCUGCCUUAAACAGGUAGAUAGAUGACUUGCCUCAGAUCCUGGCUUUAUAUGUAAUAAAUAAUAGAACAAUUUAAUGCAAUCCGUAGUUCUCUCUCCCUUUCUCCUUCAGUCGCUCACUGUUGGGUUUUUACUACAGCGGUGAGUUGGUUUUAGGAUUGCAUCAGACAGUACACAAUUAUUUGGCCUCUGGAGUAAAACUGAUUGCCUUUUGUUUCUUUAGACUUCUGUAGUAGAAAUAAAUCAGUAAUGGGUAGUUAGGCAGCCUUCAGUCUCGUUGUUGCUGAUCUUAUUGGCUGUUGGUCAUGAGGAAAGAAAUUUUACAGUCCUACCAGGAUUUUUCCCCAGGUUUGAGCAGAAGUGUGGCUAAUGGAGGUGGGAGAGUGAAAUCAGAGAGUGAAGAGUGUAUGCAUGACUCCAGAAUGUGUUCUUACCUCAGAAUUAACAAGUAUCUAGUACAGGAAAGGAAAUAAUGCUUUGUUAUGGUUCAUUUCUCAAGCACAUUCUAAUUCAGUAAGAUGGAGAUGAGUGAGUGUCUUUCAGCUUCCCUGAGCAGACCUCUAGUAGAAGAUCCUCUUCAUCGAGAAAUGACCACCAGAUGGCAGUGUCUGCCAACAGUGACAGGAUAAGAACAACAGAUUCCCAUUUAUCUAAGCGAAAUUAGUUCUUCUGGCUAUUUGUAACUGAUAAUUAUCUAAGUUCAUUAAACAUUUGGAUAUAUGAAUAUAUCAGCUGUAGUUUCUUUGAAAAUUAGACUGAUUUUGGAUGUGUUUUUAUAGUCCUACUUUAAAAUGUGGUUGUCUCUUUAAACUCAGAUACUCAUUUUUUUAUACUCUGCUAAAAAUGUUUUUAUAACAUAGCCUAAUGUUGAAGACAGUUUAAUAAGACCACAGAAUGUUUAUUUUGUAAUACAUUUUCUUAUAUCCAAAGUAUUGAAAGCAAAUUGGGAAUAAAAGUGUUUGACCUCA